UGGUGCUUCAGGCAACGGGACAGCGCGGCAUCUCCUCUCGAAGCGGUGCCGGGAGUUGCUACCGUGGUCGCCGCCAUGAGUCGCAAUUACAACGAUGAGCUGCAGUUCUUGGAAAAGAUCGAUAAAAAUUGCUGGAGAAUCAAGAAGGGCUUCGUACCCAACAUGCAGGUUGAAGGAGUUUUCUAUGUGAAUGAUGCCCUGGAAAAAUUAAUGUUUGAGGAAUUAAGGAAUGCCUGUCGAGGUGGCGGUGUUGGUGGCUUCCUGCCUGCCAUGAAACAAAUUGGCAAUGUGGCAGCCCUGCCUGGGAUUGUUCAUCGAUCUAUCGGGCUCCCUGAUGUCCAUUCAGGUUAUGGGUUUGCUAUUGGGAAUAUGGCAGCCUUCGAUAUGAAUGACCCUGAAGCAGUGGUGUCCCCAGGUGGUGUCGGAUUUGACAUCAACUGCGGUGUUCGCUUGCUAAGAACCAAUUUAGAUGAAAGUGAUGUCCAGCCUGUGAAGGAGCAGCUUGCCCAAGCUAUGUUUGACCACAUUCCUGUUGGGGUGGGAUCAAAGGGUGUCAUCCCAAUGAACGCCAAAGACUUGGAAGAGGCCUUGGAGAUGGGUGUGGACUGGUCGCUAAGAGAAGGCUACGCCUGGGCUGAAGACAAGGAGCACUGUGAGGAGUAUGGAAGAAUGCUGCAAGCCGACCCCAAUAAGGUCUCUUCGAGGGCCAAAAAGAGAGGUCUUCCUCAGUUGGGGACGCUGGGGGCAGGUAACCACUAUGCAGAAAUCCAGGUUGUGGAUGAGAUUUUCAAUGACUAUGCUGCUAAGAAGAUGGGCAUUGACCAUAAAGGACAGGUGUGUGUGAUGAUCCACAGUGGAAGCAGAGGCUUGGGCCACCAAGUAGCCACAGAUGCCCUGGUUGCUAUGGAAAAAGCCAUGAAGAGAGACAAGAUUAUAGUCAAUGACCGUCAGUUGGCUUGUGCUCGAAUCGCUUCUCCAGAGGGUCAGGACUACCUAAAGGGAAUGGCAGCGGCUGGGAACUAUGCCUGGGUCAACCGCUCUUCCAUGACCUUCUUGACCCGUCAGGCUUUUGCCAAGGUCUUCAACACAACCCCUGAUGACUUGGACCUGCACGUGAUCUAUGACGUUUCUCACAAUAUCGCCAAGGUGGAACAGCAUGUGGUGGACGGAAAGGAGCGGACCCUGUUAGUACACCGAAAGGGGUCCACCCGAGCUUUCCCUCCUCACCACCCUCUCAUUGCCGUUGACUACCAACUCACUGGACAACCAGUGCUCAUUGGUGGCACCAUGGGAACCUGUAGUUAUGUUCUUACUGGCACUGAACAGGGCAUGACUGAGACCUUUGGAACAACCUGUCAUGGAGCGGGCCGUGCACUGUCCCGAGCAAAAUCUCGACGUAAUUUAGAUUUCCAGGAUGUCCUAGACAAAUUGGCAGACAUGGGAAUCGCAAUUCGUGUUGCCUCACCCAAACUGGUUAUGGAAGAGGCUCCCGAGUCCUAUAAGAAUGUGACAGAUGUUGUGAACACCUGCCAUGACGCUGGAAUCAGCAAGAAGGCCAUUAAACUGAGACCGAUUGCUGUCAUCAAAGGGUAGAGCCCUGACUGUGGCCACCAGACUCCAGUGACCCUUACUGAAGUGGAAGUGGACUGAAAUGCUCUUUAGACAUCAAGAUCCAGAGACCUGACAGGUUCCCACGUGUGCAGCAGUAACUGCCCAGCGAAAUGGCUGACAGGGAGGCUGGCUGCCGCUCCAGGAGCCACUGUUAUAAAUUACCUUCUGGGAGGAGUCACAUGGUCCCCAUGUGGAAAGGGAUGUAUAUGCUUCCUCCCUGGUUAUCCCACAGAGUUUUAGGAAAAUCUAUUAGGGGGUGGGAAUAGUUCAAGAAACUGCCUUACUCGGUCACACAGUCUUUAAUCAUCAGAAUGAACUUCUUUACACCAAGUUCUCUUUACAUCCUGAGAGUGUUAUGAAGAACAGUCUAUCAAAUGAGAAGGUUUUAGAAUGUUUUCUUU